UUCUAACAAUGUAUCGUCGAUUCAAUUAUGUUCUAUUAUCCUGGUUCGUCACAAUACUUUCGUUUUUAAAUUGUUUAAUAAUUCUCGUGGAUUCGUAUGCACACAAGCCCAUACACGAAUAAAUCUAGCUUGGGCACAUACCGAUCGAACGCAUUUGUAUGGCUCCUUUUAUGGGGAAUUCACACACAAUAACAUGCACUAUCUAAAGAGAAAAUGCUCAUAAGAAUCAAAAGUUUCCCUGUAUGAUCGUAGUCUAAUGAAUUCCCAUAAUGCGAGGUCCAUGUGAUGUCAGCUGUGAGUAAACCAGACAUUCAGUUGACAUUUAGAAAUAAGUAGAUAGAUUGGAAAAGUCCAUCAAACGGUUUUUUUUUUAUCAUUUUGCUUCAUAAUUUAUUUGUCGUCGUAAUUAUUUUGCAAUAAUGAAAAUUGCACGUUUUAAAAAAGCUCAUAAAACGUUAAACUUUUUUGCCACGAAUUUUGAAUAUCGAGAACCAUACCAGAUUUUGGUAGAUGCCACUUUCUGUCAGAUAGCUCUACAAAAUAAAGUUAUAAUCGAGGAGCAAAUAAAAAAAUAUUUUCAGUCAACUAUAAAAUUAGUAACUACCCAAUGUGUAAUACUAGAAGCAGAAUCUCUGGGAAGUCCGCUUGCUGGAGCUACUAUGAUUGUCAAGAAAUUUCAUGUGCACAAAUGCGGUCACGAAGGUGCACCUGUACCAGCUUCACAAUGCAUUAAGUCCAUGACAAAAUGUGGACGUUACGUCGUUGCCUCACAGGAUCGUAGUUUACAAAACAGCCUUAGAAAAGUGCCCGGUAGAAUAUUGUUGUAUUUGCACAAAGCUACACCUGUUUUAGAAGAGCCUUCCGAAGCAUCAAAAAAAUAUGUUUCCAAAAAAUCGCAUAAAAGUCUAACCAGUGGCUUAGAGAAGCAUGUUGAACAUUUAAAACAAAUACAGACUUUACAAAAUGAAAAACUGUAUAAUAAAAUUAAACAGCGAAAAGGACCGAAAAAUCCAAAUCCACUUUCAUGUAAAAAGAGUGCAAAGCAAAAAGCUAGAAAACCAAACUCAGACAUUUCAAAAGAAUCUAAAUUGAGGGAAACUAGUAAACAACACAUGCAAAAACAAAAACGUAAGCGUAUAAAAACAUCAUAGAUAUAUAAACAAUAAGAUACACUCACUACUCAUAAAUGUAUAAUAAAUCAACCUACGUAUGCAGACAAAAUAUAAAAA